UGCAUAAUACUCCACUCAUGAUCCUUCCCCUGCUCGACCUUUGACAACCUCCUCCACCCUUCCCUUUAGAAAAUCUCCAGGUAGGUAAACCUUUAAUUUGCAAAUUAACUAGCUAGCAAACAUGACCAGCACCACAAAGCUCAGCGUGAAGCUCCUAGUCGACACCAAAGCCAACAAAGUGCUUUUUGCCGAAGCCGGAAAAGACGUGGUCGACUUCUUAUUCAGCCUCCUCGUGCUUCCGGUAGGGACCAUUAUAAAGCUCAUAACAAAGGAAUCCAUGGUCGGAAGCGUCGCAAACAUACGUCAAAGCUUAGAGAGCCUCGACAGUACCUACUUGCUCUCCGGCCGAGCCAAGGUCGACCUCCUCAACCCGAAGGUGUCGGUCCCUUCGCUCUCAGAAAAUGGCACACUCCUCUUGCCUACUUGUGCAUCGUCGUCAUCGAUGGGUAUGAAUAAAAGGUACUAUCGGUGUUCCUGUAAUUAUAACUCCUCUUGCCACAACUAUGUUACGGAUGUUAGUGGGACUAGAUGCCCUGGAUGCAAUAAUAACAUGACAAAACAGCUGCAAUAUGUUGAGCCCAACUCGAGCGGAACGGUACAGGCCGUGGAUACUGCAAAUGGUUUAGGAGUUGUGAAGGGGGUGCUUACGUACACCAUAAUGGAUGAUCUCACCAUCAGACCCAUGUCAACUAUAUCAAGCAUCACUCUGCUUAAUACCUGUCAUGUCAAGGACUUGAGCGUGCUCCAGGAGAUGACCGUGAAGCUCGGCAUCGAAGAGGGUUUGCGGCUACUGAAGGCAUCUCUGCAGUCUAAGACUGUUCUCACUGACGUUUUCCUCGCGAAGAGGGGCUGCACGAGUGAGAGGGUCGAUCUAGAAUGGCCUGAUUAUUGAUUGUUAGGUUCUUUUUUGGUGGUUAAUAAUGCAGGGUUUUGCUCCGGCUUCUUUUGUGUCCAUAGACAUGCUCACUAUAUAUAUAUAUAUAUAUAUAUAUAUAUAUAUAUAUAUAUAUAUAUAUAUAUAUAUAUAUAUAUAUAUA